AUGACGGCGCUUGCAGGGGGAGCGAAGAGCGUCGAGAAAGUGUCCAAACCCAAGCGCUUAUACGAGGACAGCGGUUCAGUAUCUGACGGUGUACAGGCCUAUGAGGACGAAGUUCGGGGGCGUCAUGUUGGCGGUGCUCUUAACAAGGACUUAGAGAAAUUGUUUGGUGACCUCCGCACGGACAGGGAAGGUCCGGAGGAGAACGCACGCAAACCUAAGGCGAAGACAGUAAAAGCUGCACUGAAGCUGAAACCACCGGCCCUCGCAUCUAAGCCCAAGUCGCUAAAGGCUGUGAAAUUAGCGAAAGCUAAAUCUGGUGCAAGAAAAUCUGCGAAAUUGGCAAAAAAGAAGAAAACAGUGAGAAAGAAAUGUCGUGAAAAUGUUUCGGAUAAAUUGUUCCGCCAACAGUUCCCUAAGAUUUCCUGGAGUCAGUGGUACCUUGCAUUUUCCUCCGAACGCCCGGAUGUGGGAAACUGGCUAAAGAGAUCUGCGGGGACAAAGCAGGGGUUCCGGAGAAAAGGACAUUUUACGUGUAAUGCUGAUGGACCCCGUGUCUUUGAAGUUGGUGUACAGGUCCGACCAAGAGGGAAAAUAUAUGCUACAUUUGUUGGCAAGAGGUCAGCCCCAAAGUCCGUUUCAAGCUGGGGCUUAGGCCUGCUCUCUGCACCUUUGCUGGCGAAGCAAGUGAACGCAGUGCUGUCUGGGAAAGUCCGAGUUUUCGUAAGAUUAGGAAAGGCUAAUUUCAAAGGAAAAAAGGCGCAGUCCAGCACGGUUGACAAGACCCAGGCAACUGCAGUGGGGACUUACGAUUACGCCUGGAUGAAGAGUAGACCCAACGGAAAACCCCGAUUAGUUAAAAAGGCAGGGACAAAAAUAUCGUAUGACACAGCUUAACACUGAACACACUUGUAAUAUUAGAAGAGGGCAUACAUUAUAAUGCCGUGUAGCAAGUGCUAGGCGAUAAACCCGCGCAGAUGCUGAAGUGUGUUCUAUUAGAAGAUGACUGUAGUAUAGUUAAACGACGAAUAUUUGGAUGAGAUCGUCAUCUACAAAUUGUAACAUGAUGCACAUGUACACGGGAAAUGACAUCCAUUCAAAGUUUAAACAGUCGUAUUUAUUCCACAUUAACGAAACUGAGACUGACAAAAGGGCCACGGUAUUAAUUUCAUGGUUUGUCUCUCAAUAUCAUGAGAUAAAUUGCAAAAAUGUGUUCAUGCAAGAAUGGCCUUGACAACCUUGACAAGGGUUCAACACCGAACUUAUCCAGAAGCAGAUGAAUUGCUGCUCUGUAUUACCUGGAACCAAGGCCCAAUAGAACUGCACUGAAUUACCGCCCUUGAUACUUUUUAGGAAUGUACUUUGGUUUGGUUAAAAAAGCCUAGGAUAAAAGUUUUAUACAUUUUAAGUAAUUUUUAAAAUCCCCUAAUGAAAAUACAUAUACACGAACAACAGAUGCAUAGUUUCUACGAACACGUCAAAUAUGUGUAUUCUGCCUGAGGCAAAACAUAUAGUCACACCCUCAAAGCCUGAUGUCAUGUCUUUCCACAGUUUGUUGCCUAGGAUACAUUUGCCACUGUUGACAUAACCUAUAUACUGGAUAGGACUACAUGUACCUCAGUAGGCUAGGUCCCGCUCCCCAUAGUUUCACGCCUCAACAACUAAUUUCGUUUUAUGUCAUAGGGGAAGGGAUAUGGCAAAUUACGAAGGGACAUUACUAAGGUAUUCUGUAUCAAUCAUUUUAUGUCUUGUGAAUUUUGUAGCGUGUGUCAUUCUUAUCGCGAUAAGUGUUUCUGCACAUCAACACACAAGAAAGGUUUAGAAAAGUUGUUUGGAUACCAACCUCAGUACUCAUCUAGUGACAUAUUUAUCUGUUAGUCGUUCACGUAUUACUUUUCAUGGUAAGUCUUGGUUGCCAACACAAUGCUACAAACUUAGCAAGGCUAAUACAAAAUGAACAACUAGAGUAUUAUGCAUACGUAAACAUCUUAAUGUGGUUGCACCAUACCGCUAAUGAGGAUUUCGUGUAGUUUGUUCCGCUUAAAGGGACACAGAAUACACCCUGAUUAGCUGACGGUGGGGAUAGGGUUGCCUGGGUUAGACUUUGCAGCUUCGGACACGCUAGCUUAAAUCUGCCAUAUACCAAUAAUUCAGCUGAGGCUAGGCAUAGCCUGGACAUGUGUGUCUCUCACUCCAGCCUGUCAGAAUGGAUUCUGUUUCCCUUUAAUUCCAGUUAUGAAUUUGUACUUUGGAAGGGGGGAGGGUGUAGAGCGUAAAGGGCGUAAUAUAUGGUCGCUUUGAGGGGCGGGUACAGGGUCGGGUUCAUGGACGUGUUAUAAGGCAAGUAAAAGGGCGUACCCACUGCUACGUACCAUUAAACUGUAUAUGUGAUGAACCAUUCAAAUGGAGGUAACAUCUUAUCCGUUUUUUCCCAUCGCAUUUAUGUCUGCCCACUGGAAUUCAACAAAUUUUACGGUUUCAUUCCCAUACAGGAUUUUGUUUUUUAUUUACGACAAGCCUUCUAUAAUAUGCUUUGUCCGUCUGUAAGUCGGUCCGUUGGUAUAUCGGUCGGUUUAACACUUCGAUAUCGUAUCAAUUAAGCUGGUCAUUCACGUAACGAAGUCGCAGUUAUUACGAAUUUUCGUCAAGUUUUUUUUUUUACGUUUUAUAUUUUUUUCAUAUUAUUAAUAUUCUGUUAUCUAAUACUCUUACCAGGCGCUCUCUUUGGCUCAGUGGUAUGUCGUGUCAGUGUCGGAGGACUAAAGGACGACUGAUAUGAGAUUAUAAUUUUCUGUUAACUGACCGUAAGAUUACAUUUCGUUUCCAGGAUUAAGGCCUUAAAACAGUUUCAUCUGUUGAUGUGUGUGUUUUGUGCUUGUUUUUUGUGUGUGUUUGAAGACGAGAAAGUUGCUGUGGAUAAGUUCAUUUAGUUUUAGAUACAAGUGUAGGCUACUACAGCAAAGUAGCAUUUCUGUUUGGGGAAAUAUAGUACAAGAUGGUACAAACUCUUUUUAAUUUA